AUGGAGGCCCGAGGCCCGCCUUGCAAUCCCACCAUUCGGGCUGAGUUUAACUCGCCACGGGAAGUCGGGAUUCGACCAGUUUGCUCGGUUGCCGUAGAAACGUGGCUGGAUGACUUGGAGCAGGUGGUCAUCCACGUCACCAUGUCACUCAAGAAGGUCUUUCCUGACUCUUCCCCCAGGAAACUGCUCAGAACCUGUCCGCCCGGCCUGCUUGAGAGACUGCGAAGGAGAACGGACGCGUUGGAGGACGUGCUGCGGAGAAGCCAAGGGCCCUGCGGUGGCUUCUCGGAGACGUAUGCGGCUCUGUGUGAUUACAACGGCUUCCCCUUCCGCGAGGAGAUCCAGUGGGAUGUGGACAACAUCUACCACAGCCAAGACUGCCGGGAGUUCAACCUGCUGGACUUCACGCACCUGGAGAGCAG